CUGACGCACUUCCUGGAGUGAACAAAAAUUUUGGCCGCAAAACUGCAUUUUAUUUAGUUGUUUUACAACCAGACGAAAAAUAUGGAUCAUUUUAACGCUGCGUUAGUCUUGAUUUUGCACUUCUUAAUGUCACAUUCACAGUCUGCAACUUUUGUUCGAAACGCUGAUUGUGGCAGAAACUUGCAUUCGUACGUUGCACGGUGCAUCUCGCACUGCUUGAAUCUGACUCGGAAUAACGUGGAAAAGCCAAAGUGUUUCUUUGACCCUAACAUUGGCGUUUACGCAGAAAAAACCAACAAGACGUGUUCUGAAUGCCUAGAUUAUCAAGCCAAUACAGAAAAAUUCGAGAGCUUCAAAAGAAUUUCUAGAUCUUCUAAAAAUCUCAUAAUAAAGUCAUCGUGCGGCAAAAGAAUUUCCCUCGGCAGCUUAGCAAUUGGAACCGACUAUGAGUUUUCGGGGCAUAUCUGUGAUCUAGCUGAGCCGACUUUGUACCACUGGAACCCUCAAUCUGUAGAGGAAAUCAAAAGUAUCGUUGAAGCGUUGCGUAAGAGCAUAAAUAUAAAAAUCGAAUAUAAGUUGCAAUUUAAGUUUAUCGUUUCAAAGCGAGUGACCAUCAAAGUCAAGGGUUUGUUCGGGUGCAUGCGUUUAAAAGCUUGUGCACCAAUAGGUUCCACAUCUGCAACAAAAAAUCGAAUCCACCUUUAA